ACAGCGAGGAGCUCAACUCAUUACAAUCUGGGACGUACAACAGAAAGAGAAACUCAACUUUCUGAACAAGAAGCAACGUUCCAAGUGCAUCAUACGACUAUGGAUGAUCCACCUGACACAGAAUGGGAAUGGGAACACAUAGAGCCAUUUAAAGAAGAGCUGCAAACCAAUGGAGCUGCCGCAGCAGCUGAAAAGAUUAAUGCUUAUUUGAAAGAGUGGGAUACAAUUCCACUAAACAUCGCCAUCACAGGAGAGACUGGCUCUGGUAAAUCCACCUUUGUUAACGCCUUUAGAGGCUUAGACAAGAAGGAUCAGAGUGCUGCAGCAGCCCCUACUGGUAGUGUAGAAACCACCAAGGAGGUCAAACCAUACCCCCAUCCAAACUUUCCCAAUGUUACACUGUGGGAUCUUCCUGGUAUUGGCACCACCAAUUUUCCAGCUGCCAAGUACCUGGAGCAUGUUGGCUUUGAAAGAUUUGACUUCUUCAUCAUCAUCUCAGCUGAUCGCUUCAGAGAAAAUGAUGUGAAACUUGCUAAGGAGAUCCAGAGGAUGGAGAAAAAGUUCUACUUUGUUCGCUCAAAGAUGGACCAUAGCAUGCGGGACGAGGAAGACACUCAGCCCGAUUUCAAUGAAGAAAAGACUCUCGCAAAGAUCCGGGUAGAUUGUGUCCAAGGUCUUGAAAAUCAAGGUAUGCGGUCUCCACAAGUCUUCCUGGUGUCCAGCCGCCAACUCCACCUGUAUGACUUCGAUCUGUUACAGGAGACCCUGGAGAGAGAGCUUCCUGCACACAAGAGAGGUGUUCUGCUGUUAGCCAUGCCCAUUGUCAAUCUUGAGAUCAUCAACAAAAAGAAAGAGGCUCUCCAGUCAAAAAUAAAGCAGGUCAACGCCAAGUGCAUGAUUUGA